AUGGGAUGGUUUUGGGCUGAAAAAAGUCAGGUUCAGCCUUCAGCUUCAAGCUCAAGCUGCCCUGUGUCUUCAGGACAGCCAGACUCUGAGACUGAGAGUGCAUGUCCAGUUAUGCGUGCGCCAAGUUCUGGAUCUUAUGACGAUAGGAUCAAUCCGCUCAAUAACAUUCCUUUUUCGCUCUCGAGGGGCAAACAGACUGGACAGCGCUUGGAUCUACCCACAGAGCGUACGACCAGUACCAUUCCAAAGGGUGAUCGCAAAAAUGAGCAGUUCUGGGAAUAUCCUUCACCGCAACAGAUGUACAACGCCAUGGUGAGAAAGGGAAAGAUUGAUCCUAACACGGGCGAGGAAAUCCCGGAAGAUGCUGUUGAAUCGAUGGUUUUCGUUCACAAUUUCUUGAACGAGGGCUGUUGGCAGCAGGUGCUUGAAUGGGAGUCGAAAUACACCGAAAGUUCACAAAUGGAACCAAAACUUCUCAAAUUCAUGGGCAGACCUACGGAACUCUCACCACGUGCGCGCUGGUUCCACUUACUCAGUUACGUUUUUCCAUCACAUUUUUCACGCGAUUUGCCAUUCGAUAGACACGAUUGGGUUGUUUUAAGGCCAGACCCCUCUUCUCUUGAUACAGAGAAUCCCGGAUUCAAGAAAGUUCGUUAUAUUAUCGACUUUUACGGUGGAGCUGACGAUGAAGAUGGGUUGCCGACUUUCAACCUGGAUGUACGUCCAGCAUUAGACAGUUUUUCAAGUGCGAAGGAUAGAUUUGAGCAUUGGACGAAACCUAUACUGGAUGAAUACUUAGGACCACGCGAUAAAUAG